AUGCGUCCAUCCACCUUAUCGACCAAUACUCUUGAUAAUCCCAACCCAUUGUUGUGGACUGAAAACAAAACUGAAGAUACACCAAGCCAAGCCACUUUAUACCCCAAACCUACUCCAUGUACUUCAUUCACCCACCAACCUAGUCCUGGUCCAUUUAACGCGACUGAUACCACAGGUCAGUGUAAAACAAACAAUCCGACAUUGGCUCCUGAUACCACUCCACAAGACUACUCCAACCUUGCAGUUAAAUUUAUACCGGAUCCGGAAAUAGACGUAUCACUUCGUCGCAGAUACAUAUGGUUUCUUCACAUGCACCACUAUCGGCUUCAUAACACAACGUAUCCGAGUUGCCCUACAACCACCUCGUCAACCUGUAACAUACCCUGUGGAAAGCAUAUUGCAGCAUUUUCGGCCCCACCACGGUUUCGGGGUGAAAAUGUGUCCAUGACGUUGUUGCUGUAUCUGAUUACUCUUCAUGGAGGUGCAGAUGGUGUUCCCAACUGGAGGUUAUUGGCUACACACCUAGGCGUCAAUGUGCAUCAAUCCACUUCCUACGCAUUCCGAUUAAAACAAUUCGUAUAUGAUCACCAUUUAGAUUUGUUUUUAAAAACUUCUUUUGAGGAAUGUUUGAACUUUUCAAGAAUAUAUGGCGCGUUGGGUAUAAAACAGUAUCAAGAUCAACCCGAGCCUGAACCGAGUUAUACCGAGUACGAUACUCGUCAAAUGCCGAUAUUCAACGAUUCAGACCCAAUCACAUCCCAUUCUCGAUCUCGGUCUCAUUCUCGAUUAUGGGAAUCACACAAUCCGUCACAAGAUAUAUACCACUCGACCUACAGCCCUUCCAAAAGCGAAAAUGAUGAAUGCAAGAUAUAUACGUAUGUGAAUGAAACAGACAUGAACGAUGAAUACGUUCAUUCAACCGCAUCAUAUAUGAAUUAA